AAUAUGUGAGCGUUUUCGAAAUAUGUCUGCAAAAAUAAUUGACAUCGAUAAAUCUGCAAUCGAUGUUAAAACAGUGUUCACACAUGAGCAGCGGGAAAAUUAAAGCGAGCAACACUUGUUGCUGUGACGUCACACACACAAGCGCAGUUACGUCAAUGCAGCAAUAUGCCCAGCAAUCUGUCAAACAACCCACCACCAACACAACUACAACAACAACAACAGCCCACUGACAUUUCGUCAAUAGGUCCAUACAUAAAUUUGUCAUUUUUUCAGCCAAGUGCAAGCAAAGCAAGAGGCAACAUUUUCGGUGGCUAAUUUUUUGAAAGUUGCAUUUGAAAAAAUGCUCCAUCAACCGCCGCCACCGCCACCGCAAUCGACGCACAGCAUUAAGAUCAUGUCCGGAGCCGAGGAGAAUCGUCAUUAUCUGCGUGCCUUUAUCCAAACGUAUCGCGACAUGCCCGUGCUUUGGGACACUUCACUGCGCGAUUACACGAAUCGGGAGAAACGCGCCGAGGCCUAUCAGCGUCUGGUGCCCAUCUAUCAUUAUCUGAAGCGCGAUGCGACUGUGGAGGAUGUGAAGAAGAAGAUCAACACGCUGCGGACCAACUAUCGCAAGGAGCUCAAGGUGGUAGAGAGCGCCAUGCGCUCGGGCAACUUGCACACACCACGUUGCUGGACAUUUCAGGAGCUCGACUUUCUGCGCAACACCGAAAAGUUUUUGGCCGUGAAUCCCACGUUCAAGAACGAACCUAGCUUUUCGUUCAGCGAGAACUCCAGCUCAACGGCCGCCUUCAUGGAGCAGCACUCGAGCGGAGGAAGUGUAUCAGCUGCUUUGCAUUAUCCAUAUCGACAGACGCCUAACAUCAGCGAAAUGUUUCACAAAUCAUUUGGCCAUGUGCAGAAGGUGGAUCCGCUGCCACCGCCAGCGGUGCCUGUCAUGCACCACCAGCAACAACAGCAGCAGCCGCAGCAGGCGACGCAUGCCACACAAGGUGACUACGCGGCCGCCAAGCGAGCCCGACAAACGCCGCCUUGCAACAACGCCUCCUCCAGCACCGUGAGCACUCACAACACGGAUGAGUUGCUGAACAUAGCUUGUGAGUACUUGGCGGGCACAUAUCCCGAGGAGGAAUCCAUAGCGCGCACCUGGACACAUAAGCUGAAGCGGUUGCCACGCGAGCAACGACUUCUGGCAGAGCGAUUCAUUAAUGAGAUUUUGUUCGAAGCCGAGUCGAAUAAUCUACAUCGCGGCUCGGUGCAGAUCAACAACAGUUUCGAGCCAUAUGUGCGCUUCGAGGAGCCGCCCGCUUGUCACGAGGAGCAGGACAAGUCACAGAGUCCCAGUGUGCAUACGUCGUCGGAGUCGACGCCUAAACCCAGCGCUGGAGGAGCAGGGGGAGGAGGUGGAGGAGCGACAGCAGCAAGCAGCGCACUCAACGAGACGCCGAAUGCGGGCAUUCGAGAGUUUUAG